GACGGUACCAGGAAUAUGUCACGGUAAUUAUUUUCGGUACAAAGAUAUCACUCCUCUAUUGGCAUGCAAGGAACGUCCUGGUUCGCUUAUGGAGCCUGAUCUUAUACCACUCACUUCCCUAUCAUCGUUGGAACGAGAUCGCAUCCGGGCUGAGCAGGAGCGACUUCUAGACCUAUUGGAAGAGGAGGAGACGGCCGCAAGUGCUGUAGAUGACGAAUUACAGGAAGAACAUAGACGGAAUGUGCUUGAAAAGCGUAAGGAGGAUGCAAAGCAGGAGACAGAGAAGCUGAAAGCAGCGAAGGAAAUGCAGAGGAAGAUGGGCAAGGCUCUGUUGAAAAGUCUAGGAGAAGAUACCGACAAAGUCACAAAGCCUGGAAAGGAAGCGGCCGUGAAGGCACCAUUAGUUGGGGAAGAAAGUAUACUUUCAAAGCCGAGAAAGAGCGUGAGCUUCGCCGACACCUCUCCUAAAGACGAUGAAGACGUCCCGGACACUAUAGAGAGUGUCAGGAUCGAUGAGCCACAGGUUGACUGGGGUGAUAUCACGCCUGCAAGACUUCGUUCUGCCAAUAGUAAUGCAAUAGUGACCAAGUCUCAGAUGGGGAAACUGCCAAUGAAGAUGCAAGUCGUCGAACGUCAUCAGGCAUCUCCCGCUAUCGAGGAGGAAGUUGAUUUGGACAUUGACUCGGAUGAUGAAUCUAUCCCCGAUUCUCCUGUGCCAGUGGACUCAGAUGACGGAAAUGUAAUUGGAUCUGACCGGGAAGACGGAGCAUUAGGAAAAGAUUCCGAUGCAGAUGAAGACGAAGGGUCAGACAUCGAGCCCGCCUUGGAAGACGAAUACGACCUCGACUCAGCUCGGCACCAGCGAGAAAUCGCGCUUGACUACUAUAACAAAAAGAACGCCAUAGGCAAAUAUGCCACAGAAGCCAUGGUAUCUCAUACACACGACGAAGAUGAAUGGGAUCAACCGGAAGUUCCUCUCGAAGCUACUCUCGCUGGACCACGCCCCAAACCGGCAAUGUCGCGCUUCAAAUCUGAUCGUCUAGCAUCUUCUUCUGCAAUGCGUCAACCGACACUUUCUACUUCGUUAGGAUCAUCAGUAAUACCGGUAGCCAGUGAAAAGUCUCUUCGAGGAGCGGUCCGAACGGGGAAACUAGUCAAUGAACAACUAUAUGGUGGUGAAGCAGGUGAAAGUGGUAGCGAGGAUGAGAAUAUUAAGAAAGUCUUGGAGCUCAUAAAAAAUGGAGAAGUCCAAAAUGUUGGGCCUGACUUCAGCACUGGGCCCUCAUCAACCGUAGAAGAAACUAAUUUACCUUCCUCUCACGCUAAUCCCACUUUACCCCUAUCCACGCACUCUAAGGCUACACCGGAGAUACCAUCGCCUCCUAGUAUUCCCUCUACGAAAUCCAAACCUUCCAAAUUCAAAUUAGCUCGGUCACUGACGAGGAACUCUUAUGCUGAACCCUCACUUCCCAUCGAGCCCGCAGCUCCUGUGUUGCAGGCGGACAGACCCCCACCCUCCAAACCUUUAGCGCAACCAUCGCAACCACAUGGGACGGACUAUAUCGGUGGUUCUUCCAGCCGACCAGAGCGUCCACCGGUCGUCAUGUCUUCAGUAGUCAAAGAGUCGAGUAGAUCGUCCGAUACACGACCCCUGGCUGGGCAGAAUAAACAGACAAAAAAGAUGUCCAGAUUCAUGGCGGAAAGGUCGUAAUUUGAAAAUCACAUAGUCACGGUGUUGUGGGCAAUCUAUGCGAGGUCACGAUUGUUACCACUUGUGUACUCGUGCAAUAAUGUUAUGCUCUUGAUCAACCAGACUCAAUACAUCAUAAUCACAAGUCCAAAAAUUUUCUUGGAAGUCUACCAGCACUUGGCCAAGAAUGCCUUUUGUACAGAAAUAACGCAUGCAAUAUUGUACAUAUGAGUCUGCUCUGAUCAAUACUACAGUGCUAAAGCUUCGGGAAAGAUGAAGUUACAUAUGAGCUACAGAUUGAGUGAUAUAUUAGUGCUACCCAGUCAGCUUGAAGUUUCCUCCCCCUCCUGAAGUUUCGUGCCCUUCUUCCCUCGUCUUCAAUAGCCGUUCCCAUUAUUCUCGCCCCUGUCUAAACUGAUCCAUAUCCUCUUGAUGUUGUCGUUGCAGCUGCUCUAUGUCCUGGCGCAGCCGAUCAAUUUCGUCUUGAAU